CUGCUGUAGUGCUGCUCUAGUUCUGCUGUGAGGAGCUCAACCGAGCAGCUUCACCUAACGCAAACAUGGCGACCCGGACGAUGCAAGCAGCCCGAUGCCCGACAGAUGAGCUGUCACUGACUAACUGUGCUGUAGUGAGUGAGAAAGACCUGCAGUCUGGACAGCAUGUGACUGUGAGGACAACACCCACCCACAAGUUUGUGUUCACAGUGAAGGGUCACCACUCUGUGCUCCCUGGAACCAUCGCUUUCAGUUUGCCACAGAGGAAAUGGGCAGGCCUGUCCAUUGGGCAAGAAAUAGAAGUGUCAAACUACAACUUUGACAAGUCCAGGCAGUGCAUUGGUGCCAUGACCAUUGAGAUUGACUUCCUGCAGAAGAAGAGCACAGACUCCAGCCCUUACGACUCAGACAAAAUGGCUGCUGAGUUCAUCCAGCAUUUUAACAAUCAGAGCUUCUCCGUGGGGCAGCAGCUGGUCUUCAGUUUUUGUGACAAGCUCUUCGGCCUACUUAUCAAAGAUAUUGAGGCGAUGGAUUCCAGCAUUCUGAAGGGUGAACCAGCAUCUGGCAAAAAGCAAAAGAUUGAGGUCGGCCUGUUGGUUGGAAACAGUCAAGUGAUUUUUGAAAAAUCAGAGAGCUCAUCUCUCACUCUAGUUGGCAAGGCUAAAACUAAAGAAGCCCGUCAAACCAUCAUCAACCCUGACUGGAACUUUGAGAAAAUGGGCAUUGGUGGUUUAGACAAGGAGUUCUCUGAUAUCUUCCGCAGGGCCUUUGCCUCUCGAGUCUUUCCUCCAGACAUUGUGGAGCAGAUGGGUUGUAAGCAUGUGAAAGGUAUCCUGCUCUUUGGUCCUCCUGGCUGUGGUAAAACACUGAUGGCCAGGCAGAUCGGUAAAAUGCUAAAUGCCAGAGAGCCAAAGAUAGUCAACGGACCAGAGAUCCUCAACAAGUACGUGGGAGAGUCUGAGGCCAACAUUAGGAAACUGUUCGCGGAUGCUGAGGAGGAACAGAAAAGGUUGGGUGCUAACAGCGGUCUGCACAUCAUCAUCUUUGAUGAACUGGAUGCCAUCUGUAAGCAGCGUGGUACAGGCGCCAGCAGCACAGGUGUGCACGACACUGUGGUUAACCAGCUGCUGUCCAAGAUCGACGGAGUGGAGCAGCUCAACAACAUCCUCGUCAUCGGCAUGACUAAUAGGCCUGACCUGAUAGAUGAAGCCUUGAUGAGACCUGGCCGAUUUGAAGUAAAGAUGGAAAUCGGUUUGCCAGAUGAGAAGGGUCGUGUUCAGAUCCUGAACAUCCACACAGCUAAGAUGCGAGAGUUUAAACUCCUGGCUUCUGAUGUGGAUGUGAAAGAGUUGGCUGCUGAGACCAAGAACUACAGUGGAGCUGAACUGGAGGGUCUGGUCAGAGCUGCACAAUCCACUGCCAUGAACCGUCACAUUAAGGCAACAUCUACCGUAGAGGUGGACAUGGAGCGAGCAGAAAAGCUACAGGUCACUCGAACAGAUUUCAUGGCGUCCUUGAAUAACGACAUUAAACCUGCUUUUGGCACCAACCAAGAGGACUAUUCCAGCUACAUCAUGAACGGCAUCAUUAAGUGGGGAGAUCCAGUGACCCGAGUGCUGGAGGACGGAGAACUGCUGGUGCAGCAGACCAAGAACAGCGACCGCACUCCGCUGGUGUCUGUGCUUCUGGAGGGACCUCCUCACAGUGGAAAGACAGCUCUGGCUGCCAAAAUCUCAGAGGACUCGCAGUUCCCAUUCAUUAAGAUCUGCUCUCCAGACAAGAUGAUCGGCCACUCAGAGAUCUCCAAAUGCCAGGCAAUCAAGAAGAUCUUCGAUGAUGCCUACAAGUCUCAGCUCAGCUGUGUCGUGGUUGAUGACAUUGAGCGCCUCUUAGAUUACGUGCCGAUCGGCCCUCGAUUCUCCAACCUGGUGCUUCAAGCCCUGCUGGUCUUACUGAAGAAGACUCCACCUCAUGGUCGUAAGCUGCUUAUCAUUGGCACCACCAGCCGUAAAGACGUCCUGCAGGAGAUGGAGAUGCUGGAUGCGUUCAGCACCACCAUCCACGUGCAGAAUAUCUCAAGUGGGGAUCAUCUGGUUGAAGCUCUAGAGCUCCUGGGGAGCUUCACAGAUGCUGAGAGAACCACCAUCGCCCAGCAUGUGAAAGGAAAAAGAGUGUGGAUUGGCAUUAAGAAGCUGCUCAUGCUUAUUGAAAUGUCUCUGCAGAUGGAUCAGGAGUACAGAGUUAGCAAGUUCCUUUCUCUACUCAAAGAUGAGGGAGCAGACCGCGGCUUCUUCGAGUAACAGAAGACAGGAGACGCUUUCAACCUUCUGCAUGUUCCCGAAAAAAAAAAAAAAAACUCCAGCCAAACUCCACCUUCACAAAUGUAACAGAUAUAACCUGACGGAGAUCACACUUCAUAUCCAACCAAUAUCAAAUAUCGUCUUGUGCUUUGUGUAAGACUUCUGUACGCUGUUUGUUUACAUUAAAUAUACGUUCCAAUCUGCUCAAAGAAAGCCAUGAAGAUGUAAAGAUUAAAAAAAUAAUUGUAUAUAUGCUGCUGGAUGCAAAACAUAUAUUGUGAGACUAUAUCAUGCAACCUGAAUCUCAAAAGUAUGAUAUAAGGAAGCUGUUAGUGUGUGUAUUUACAGUAGUGAAGAUGAGCCGUGCUGUUCGUGGUGUGCAAACGCUGAAGCCCUACCUUUGUGAUUGUGUUGUGGUAACACAAGAAAACGACAUAUAGAUCACAGUGUUAUUCGAUAUUGUACAUAGGUUUAAAACAAAAUGUCCGUGCUAUUUGUUUUAGUUUGAAUGUAGAUUCUGGUUACGGUGUCAGAGAUAAAAUUAUAUUGGAGAUCAGUUUUACACUUGUGUUUGAGUGUAUGUGUGUGUGUGUGUGUGUGUGUGUGUGUGUAUCAAUAAAGGCUCUAGAUCAGGUUUAGAGUGAACCGUGUGUGACUGUAUUUAUCUGUGUAAGUGUAGUGUGUGUAGAUAGUUUGUUUUUUUUUCUGAAAAUGAAUAUUCAUGAAUAUGUUGUUUUAUGUAUUUCUUUUCUUUGCCUGCCCAUUCUUUCAUAUGGUUUCUGUGACCAGUGUUCAAUGUCCAGAGCUCUAUGAUCUGUUAUGACUAUUGGAGAUGUACGGCCAGAUGCACAAUUAUAUUACUGCAAUAAAAAAACAAAACAAAAGA